AUAAAAUUGCAAAAUAAAUCUGCAAUAAUUUUAGAGCAAAGUGAGCGGAAAAUUUUGGUCGUUGUGUUGUUCAAAAAUCUUAUGCAUAAAAAUACAAAAAUAGCAUUUAAGUAAAAUAUACAAGUUCAUUCCGUUUAAAAUAUAAAACGCAACGAACGUGAAUUUGCAGUUAAGUUGAACAACAGGUGCAAUGAGUGAAAAAUACCAAAUAACAAAUUGGAGUCCAUUUGUGUACGGUGGUCUAGCAUCUAUUACAGCUGAAUUUGGUACUUUUCCAAUUGACACCGCAAAAACGAGGCUACAAAUUCAAGGUCAGAAAAUCGACCAAACAUUUUCAAAGCUGCGGUAUAGGGGCAUGACAGAUGCGUUCAUAAAAAUAUCAAACGAGGAAGGACUGCGAGCACUCUAUUCUGGAAUAUGGCCUGCUGUACUCAGACAAGCUACUUAUGGUACUAUCAAAUUCGGUACAUAUUAUACACUGAAAAAAUAUGCAAGUCAACGUGGAUUACUAAUAGAUAGCGAAACGGGCACAGAAAGAGUUUGGGGAAAUAUACUUUGCGCCGCUGCUGCGGGAACGAUAUCAUCCGCUAUCGCAAAUCCCACUGAUGUACUCAAAGUUCGAAUGCAAGUACACGGGAAGGGUUCAGAAAAUAAAGGAUUAUUUCAGUGCUUUAAUGAGAUAUACAGAUAUGAAGGCGUACGUGGUCUAUGGCGAGGAGUUGGUCCUACAUCACAGCGUGCUGUUGUGAUUGCAGCUGUAGAACUACCCGUUUAUGAUUUUUGUAAAUUACAACUAAUGAAUACUUUUGGUGAUCACGUAGCGAAUCAUUUUAUCUCAAGUUUUAUAGCAAGUUUAGGUAGUGCAAUUGCAUCUACACCUAUAGAUGUAAUACGGACAAGACUUAUGAAUCAAAAACACCUUACAGUACAGAAUAGUGUUGCCACAACAACAACUCAAAAACUUUACACAGGUAGUUUCGAUUGUGCGGUGCAAACGGUGCGAAACGAAGGUUUGCUUGCGCUCUAUAAAGGAUUUAUUCCAACGUGGGUGCGUAUGGGUCCUUGGAAUAUAAUAUUUUUUAUUACCUACGAACAACUCAAGAAACUUUAAUUUUAAAUAAAAUUAUUUAAGUAUUUUAGUUAAAAACCAAAUUUAAUGUUAAGCUUAUGUUAACUGAAAUGAUUAUUUAAGGUUGUAAAUUAGUAGAAAUUAAUUUGAAACGCUUAAAUCUAGCUAUAAAGAAAACUUAUUACCAAUGACUGUCGGAAUAAUUUAUAGAGAAAAACACACUGUAUUAAACUGUAUAUAUUUAGUAUUAUAUAAGACAAAAAUAUUUUUGUAGGUAUGACAUAUAUGCAGCUGUUAUGUGAAAUGUUUAAUAUAAACUAACCGAUAAUUUUUUGAUAUAAAAUCUUGUGAAAAAGUUAUACUUAAAGUAAAUACUUA